AUGUCUUACCUACGCUACCUCGAUCCCUCGGCCGGCUGGGGAGGUCGGAUGCUGGGGGCGCGCCUGGCUGGGGUCCGAAAGUACAUCUCCUGCGAGCCGAGCACGAAGACGUUCGAGGGCCUCGAGGAGCUCGCUUCCUUUGCAGCUGGCGACCUCGAGGUGGACCUGCGCUGCUGCGGCAGCGAGCUCUUCGUUCCUGAUGAUACCGUGGACUUGGUGUUCACCUCACCGCCGUACUUCAACACGGAGCUCUACAGCCAGGAGGCGACCCAGAGCCACGUGAAGUUUCCAACAGCCCAGACCUGGCGCCUGGGCUUCUUGGAACCCACCCUUCGGAAUGCGGCGGCGGCGCUGCGUCCAGGAGGAUACUUUCUCUUAGCGCUGACAGCGAGACGAACUCAUCGUCGGGCGGGUCUGGAUCUCGAAGCCGAUGUGCAAGAGAUCGCAGCGGCAUUGGGCCUGCAGCAGGAGGGCACUGUGUGGAUGGAGAAGGGUGCUUUCGACGAGCAGCCCCGACCCGUCUUCGUCUGGCAGAAGCCAAAAAGCGUCCUGAGAGCGCAGCUCUUUGCCGUUGCUUGCACACUUCACAAGAUCCAUGCCAUCAGGGAACCGACCGUCCUGGAUGACGAGACUUUCAUCAAACAGGAGGACGAGCCCCUUGUGAAAUCGGUCAACGAAACGCAGCUGAAGGCGAUUUUGGGCGCCUACGGCCAGCAGUUUCAGUUGGAGAAAAGCCUGGAGGAUGUCUUAAAAGAGAAGAAUGGAGGCAGAUGUCCAAGUUCUGGAGCUUGGGAGAACAAGGGAUGCGACCCCGUCCCUUCCGAACUGCAACAGCUGAAAUGCAAGUGCCCUAUGCACCGAAGGUGCAAGAACCUGGAGGAACUACCAGGCCUCGAAGACGAGCUCACGCUUGGCUCGGCCAUGCGUCUCUAUGCAGGAAGCUGUGAGUACAAGGACUCCUGGAAGAAGACUGCCAUGGGCGUGAUGGUAGCGAUCAUCGUUACCUUGGGCGUGUGGUGCGUCGUCCGCGGGGAUGUCCGGAAAGGUGAGGAGUUCCAGCAGUUCAGUUUCGAUACCCCGGCCGAGACGAAGGACCCGGCGGACGAUGCAGAACAAGAGAACGAACCCCGAGAGGAGGACUCUGGGCAGAAACAGGGAAAUUCCGAUGGUCCGGCAGUGUACAAGGAGCGGAUGGAAGAGUUCAGAUCAUGCAUGGAGGAGGCGGGGACCUUUCCGGAGCUGGUGACCAAGGUCAUGAAACUCGCUCCCGGACAGACGCAGGAUGUGCAGCCGAUCUCUGGCAACAUCUAUAGGUACUGGGCCCUGGGAGGAAGGAAGAAGAGCUGGCUGAUCUACUUCGGAUUCAGGUUUGUGCUCCUGAUCCAACUCCUGGUCCCGAUGGCCAUCUGCCGCUGGUCGUACUACCAGUAUGACUGGCCACACACAGAGAUUCGCCUCGUUCAAUAUAAGUUCGGCGACUUGGAAUUCGGCGUCUCGCACGUUCUGGGCCGGCUACUAUCCUUCCUCUUCACCUACUGCAUCUCUUUGCACGCCAUGUCCAUCACGAGGAAGGCAUGCAAAGGCAACCAGUCUUUGUUCUUGCUCAUCAGCAACCUUCCAGAAGAGUCCAUUCAAAUCCCACCGUGGACAUACGUGUACCUUUUCUUGGACGGCUUCAUGACCUGCUACUUGACGAUGGUCUCGUUGAUUGCCAUGGUAUUGGUCUUCAGCUUCGCGGGCAGUCCUAAGGACAUUUGCUUCGAUGCUUUGGGCCUGCUCUUCAUUCUCCGACUGCACGAGGUGGAGGGCGAUUUGGAUUUCAUCUCCACACAGGAUUUCGACUCGGACCGGAUCGCCGAGCUCUGCCACUACGUUCUCUCCUGCAAGGAGCUAAGGAAAGAGCGGAAGGUGAAGUACCACAUUCCCUUGCGGUGGACGCUGUUGUGGGAUGCGACCAUGCUGCUGAUUUACUGGAUCCUCAUGCUCGUCCCGGUGUUCCAGCUCUUCGUCGUGGAUGGCCUCGUGGCGAAAUCCAGCGGCCUCUCUGUCGGCAUCCUCGGAACACACAUCGCAGAGGAGGAGGCGCGGAUCGCGCACCUGGAGCAUCACAGUCCUUGA